AUGACCUUCUCCGACUGCUUCCUGGCCCCGAUGCAGAUCCGGAUCGCAGACCUGAUCGAGGAGAGGCUGCCCGCGGAUGGGGCCCAUGCAGCUUACAGCCAAAGCCACCAGGGCAAUAGAUCGAUCCAUGAGCAAUUGUUCCCCCUUUUGAUGGAGUGUUUCGAAGAAAGUGUUAGUUCCAAGCUUUUCCGGUUUGCGAUCAGCCGAGGCUAUGGCGGCUAUGACCAUGACUAUGCCCUUGCCGGAGAGAGCCUUAAAGGGUGGUCCAGUGACGAGGAGGGAGCCACCAUGGGAGCCGUGCCAGCCUUCCUGGAGGCCCAGGCUCUGCCUUCCAAGGGCUCGGUGCAGCACGGGACGGGGCUUUGCAAGCCCUGUGCCUGGUUUUGGAAGCUCCAAGGAUGUAAAAACGGGGCGGACUGCCUGCACUGCCACCUUUGUCCUGAAACAGAGGUCAAGGAUCGCAAGCGGCGCAAAGCCCCCAAAGGCUUCCGCCUCCAGCCACCGCCGGGCCUGGAAUCCCCGAGCCUCUCAGGGUCACAGAGCGGAUCACAGAGCGACACCGACUGCGAGAUGCAAAGACGGGUUCUGGAAGAGCCAGGGCUGCGCACGGGGCCAGAGUUGCCUCCACUGCCACCUAUGCCCACCGGGCGAGGUGCCGUCCCGACCAUAGAAACUCAGAUAAAGAACUCAUUGAAAGUUCCUUACAGAGAGCUCCAGGCAAUUUCGAUGCGCAGCUAA